AUGACGUACUCUUUUUGGACCGAUUUAUGCAAGCAGCCUGUACUCAAAGCCUCGUCUCAACAAUAUGCAGAGCUUGUUUACGAAUCAACAAUACAACUCCAUCAAUCCCUUGAACCCAUCUGGUCAGCUUUGGAUCGACGCGCCAUUGGGUUGACAAAGUGCGCCAACUUUGCAUCUGCUCUUCGCGAUGCCAGAGUUAUGCAACACCUGUCGCCUUCGUCAGCACUUGGAUAUAUACGCGAAGCUGACAUUUACAGCGAACAAGGAAGACAAUGUCAAGUCAUUCGUGUAUGCAACAAGGGACUGAGGAGCGUCGAUCCCAUGGAUACGCACUAUGAUGAUUUGAAACGAGCCAAAAUAGAUGCUGAGGAACGCCAAGACACACGCAUCGACUUUAUCAGCGAACUACCCCUCGAUAUUGUUACUACAACGCUCAUUCCUAUGAUCGCGGAUGGUCGACCCUUGCAUUCAUUCAACCAACCCCCUUAUUUGGAUGUAUCCAAUGUAUGGCGUCAUCGUAUUAUAGAAUGCUUGGGUGGAUUACAUUAUCAGACUGGAGAUGAUGACGAAGACGAACUUUCAGACAUCACUAAAUUUGCUCGCCAUGUCACAUUAUUGGAGGUUGUUGGAUAUUCCAACGGCACAUGGCUUGAUGAUUUACUUCGUUACGACAACUUUUGCUCUUUAAAAAAGUUAUGCAUCGAUGGUUGCUCACCCAAUUAUGUUGGUCAAUUGGUAUCGUCGUUGGGGUCCAUCAGCAGAACGUUGACGCAUUUUGAACUGGAGCAGGAUGGGGGAACCACACUUCCGAUAGGCAACAUCCUCGCCACGUGCCCCAAUCUCGUUUUUCUCCGGUUAACCAACCUUUGUGCUACAGAUAUCAGUUCUCUUCCAAUGACGACAUGGCCCAAAUUAACAUCAUUCACUAUUAUUUCCAACAACAUGAUUACCUCGAAUGAAGUGAUGGCUAUUGGCAAACGUUUUCCAUCGCUCAAGCAACUACAAUUUUCACCAUGCGAAGAUAUGGAUUCAACACGCAUUGUCUUGGAUUAUUACCCCUCGAUGAACAAUCUAAGUCUGAUUGAGCAUGGUGCAGGCGCAGGUUGCAACAUUGCCUUCAAUGAUGAUGGAUCCCGACGUGAAGACGAAGCGAUUAGGAGGCUUUCUAUCAACAUGAAUAACGUGAAUCACGCUCUUUGGGGAAGUCUUGUUGAUAUACUAAGGCAGCAUCACCACACACUUGAGGAUAUCAACUACCAUGCGGAUGCUAGUAAUAUGCGCGAGGGGAUCUACAACAUUGAGUUCGUUCGAUUGAAGAAACUUUAUCUUCGCAACUCUGGAUGGUGGAUACCGCACAACGCGCCUAUGCUUGAGGAAUUGGGGAUUCAAUGCUUUACCGCCGACACAAAACGUCUCGUAUCUGAUACAGCACCAUUACCACAAAAUCUAAGGAAGCUUCAACUGGACCUUUUUCCUCUUCAGUACCGCGGCACAGAGCCUUUCGCACGAUACCUUAAUCGCUAUGCCAACCAUGCCCAGCUAAAAGAACUCGUGAUUGCGUUCGCCAGCACGAUUGAUAUCGACAAUGUGCUAGGGGCAAUCCUUCACCUUGGCCAACUUGAACGCUUGAUGAUUCGAUUUACUGUUGAUUUCAUUGAAAUGGCAGACUUUGUUGAUGGGCUUAUCAAAGGAUGUCCAAAUUUAUCUCGCCUUGGUAUCAGAAGCAGAAAUGCCCCAUCGGCUUACUCAAUGAGCAUUUUGAAACGGCUUAAACAUUUGAAUGAAUUGGAAUUUUCAAUCAUGGACAUGGAUGACGACGAUGCGUUUUGGCAUGCAAUUCAAACCUUUUCACAACUCAAAUGUAUCCACAUCUAUCCUUCAAAUGCAACCAACAUGCAUCGUCUUCGGUGUCUCUAUCAACAAAGGCCUGAUUUGAAGAUUGUCGCCAAGAGAUGGUAG